UCUUAACGAUAACAUAUAUAUAAUGGAAAUAUAGUAGGUAAUAAGAUUAGUUACGUAUCAGCUAUUACGUACAAUGAAGUGUUCACUUUUUUUCGGUACAUUGCUAUUUUUUGGCUUGGCUUGGCCUGGCUUGGGAGCAGCGCCCAGAAGUGAAUCAGUUGGCGUGAUAUUCUGCUACUACGGCGAAUGGUCCAACGAGAGGCCUGGAGCCGGCCGCUUCGGUGUCAGCGACCUGCCCACGGACCUCUGCACACACAUUGUCUACUCGUUCCUUUUACUUGACGGGCCUACAGGGAACCUGACUUACCCUCUUGAAUCUACGUUUGAAGGAAAAACUAAUGCUGUGGCCGAUCUUAUAGCCUUGAAACAGUCCAAUGCCGAUUUAAAAAUAUUGGCUGCUAUUGGCGGUUGGGUAGAGAGUUCGGAUAACUUUUCACCGGUGGUCAACGACGACGCUCUCAGGGCAAAUUUUGUCAAAAACUUGUACGAGUAUAUCGACACCAAUGGCUUCGAUGGCUUGGAUUUGGACUGGGAGUACCCUUCGCAACGAGGAGGCCUAGAGUCUGACAAGGAGAAGUUCGUUUUGUUGGUAAAGGAGUUAAAGGAAGCGUUCACGCCUAAAGGAUAUCUACUGACCUCCGCCGUAGCCGUCACCCAGGCACACAUCGACCUUUCCUAUGACGUCGUAGCACUCAAUGAAUACCUGGACUUCAUAAACCUGAUGACAUACGAUUUUCACGGCACCUGGGAUCCGGAGACAGGCGCGAACGCGCCUCUGUUCCCGCAGGAAACAGAUGGCCCUGAUGUCAAUUUGAAUGGUAACCACUCUGUCCAUGUAUGGAUCGAAAACGGCGCGUCUCCAUCCAAGCUGCUGCUUGGUCUGGCAUCCUACGGGAAAACCUUCAACUUGACCGACCUGGACAACACCGGCACCGGGGCGCCCUUCGACGGGCCAGGAGAAGGCGGCCCUUAUACCGAGGAACCUGGCGUUUUGGCUUACUAUGAGAUCUGCGAAGACCAGAAGAACAAUCCAUCUGCAUGGAACAUCACUGAGGUAGAGGGCAACUACGUGUAUGCGAACAAGGAUCACUUGUGGGUCAGCUACGAUAAUCCCAAUACUAUCUAUGCUAAGGCACGAUACGCCAAGCAAAUGGGUCUAGCCGGCAUUAUGUACUGGGCCGUGGAUUUGGACGACUUCAACGGCCUCUGCGGGGACACGUUCCCGCUGAUCACUGCGGGCAUCGAGGGAUUCAAAUCAUCUGCUUCUAUUGCCAGUGCUGCAAUUUUAUUAUUAAUAGUCUCUCUAUUUAAUAGUGUUAUUGUUUUAAUUUAG